AUGUUCGCUCACGGGUCGAUGGCGCAGACCGAGCUGCGUCGCUGGAUCAAGGCGAAGAUCCAGGUCUCAGUGCUGGACGCCCAGGCUGUCUUGGAAGAGAAUGACUGGGCCUUAGGGCCUCGUGCGGCGUUGCUGGGCUAUUGCUCGGCGGUCCAUGUGGCUGACCCGGACCAUUCCAGCUGGGCAGUUCUCGAAGAGGGCGGCAUCUCCCGCAGCUGCAGCGGUCGCUGGGAUCCGCUGGCGCGUGAUGCGCACCUGCAGAUGGCCAAGGACGUCCAAAUCUCUGGCAUCCGGGCCUUCUUCCUCAGCGGGACGGAGGUGAAACGCCUCGAGGAGACCGAGGCGCUCCACCAGCUUCGAGAGGCCCAUUGGGAGUCCGCGGCCUUGGUGCCGGAGCUGCAGGUCACCGCCUGCUACCGCAACAUGGACUACGGCGCUCUUCAGGCGCCGGAGCAUGCGGCACGUGCGAUGAAGGCUUCCAGGCGGCUGCUGAGCAUCACUGCUCAGUGUCAACAGGGGGGGACGGAUCCGCUCACUUUGAAGCUCAACGCGGAGAGCUACAGCUACCUCACGGGGCUUCUAGCCAACAUGGACUCCCUGUACUUCAUGUGGUCGGCUUGCUUGGUCGAGACUUGCAAGCCAGCCGGGCGGAAGCCUAGUUGGCAGGAAGCAGAGUCUUACAUCCGCCUUUGGAAGCAAUAUCUCUCGGGUCUCAGCCUCGUGGGGCGCCCCUUCGAGUUAGCCAGGUUGGAGGAGGAGCUUUUGUGGGGCUUCUGCCAGCGGUUGCGACGUUUGGCCGAGGAGGAUCUGGCGGGCGAGUCCUCCACGAGCGCCUGGUGCAAGGGCUCAGGAGGCACCCUCCCCUGGUGUGCAGGGCCAAUCGAGUCGAGGCGAUUGGAGGCGGAGCCCGAGGUGCCCUCACAGAAGGAGCCGCCUUACUUUGAGGAGGCUCUCCGACUGAGCCCAGUGCCGGGGCUGUCGCCGCCGAUCAGUGCCGCCUGGGUCUCCGAAUGUCUUCGCGGUCAGCGAGGCGAAGAAGGCACCUCCUGGGAAGCUGAACCGGAGGCUGAAGAGGGCGAAGCUGAGGAUUCUCCACAGGCUCAGGGCUCCGCACGGGAGUUCUUGCUGGAUUCCGUGUAUGACAUCGCACUGCCGACCUUCCGCGUGGUCCUCGACUUGAGCCACCUACCAGGGGAGGAUGUGGCCACCUUGGAAGCAGACCUUCCACAGUUGGAGGUCGUGUAUGCCAGCAAUUUAGAUUGCAGGUUCUUGACGGUGAGCAGCAGCUGUGCGGUGUUCCAAGAGUCGCACUUCGGCAGCCAAAGCCAUAGCGAAGCCUUCCGAGGAGCUGCCGCCGUGCACUGGGAGCAGAUGCACAUCGAGUCGACCAAUUUCGGAGACAUGAAACGACAGGUGCGGAUCACCAGCAAGCCCAAACUAAGUAUCGAUUUGCGACGCUUGUGGCCCUACGCCAGGCACUUCCCAGGCUUGCGGCCCUGUGAUCCUUAUGUGGAAGCCAUCCAUAGAUGGUUCCCAGGGCCAGUGCCAGAGGACCUCGUGGAGGCGUUAGCCGUGGUCUCCGCCAGUAGGCAGACCACCUGGGUCCUGGAGCUGCCACUGCUUCGUGUGCCGCUGGGACCAGAGGGCCUGCCGAUCUUGGAGAUUGUCUUCACCAAUGCGCAGCUGAGCUACAGUUCGCUCUACGGCGUGCGCUCACUCGCGUGGCCGGAGGCGCAGGUCUUCUUCCACGGGAGACAGCUGGAACAAAGGCCCAUCGUGCAUGUGCAAGGCCUCGAAGUCCAACGCUUCGGAGACUUCGAGCGAAACUGGGCCAAGGCGGUCCCGCCCGGCUUCGGACGCCGACCGCGGAACCCGCCGCGGAACCCGCCGCGGAACCUUCCGGCUUCAGCUGACGCGUUGACGACGGCGCCGGAGCGACGGCCCGGCGAUACCAUCAAGGAGAAGAUCGCCACGGCUCUCAAGGUUAGUGACAGGUACUUGCCUGCUGUAGUUGUCCACCUGGUGUGCACCCUCAUGCUGCGCCGGGCUGCUGUGGAGAAAUGCCUUCGGAAGCGGUGUGGCACUUUGCCAGACUGCUUCCGCGCCUUGCUGAUGCGGCCCUUCGAGUUGAACUUCACCGGAGGGCAGCAGAAGCGGGCGUGGACAAUUCAGGGGACGCCUGGCGCUGGAGAGGCGUCUGCGAUCAAGAAGAAGCUCCUCGCUGUCUUCAAGAACAAGAACCCGGACUUCUUCUCAGAGCGGCUGCAAGACAUCCAGGAACUUUUCCAGCGGUGCGACAAAGCCUCGGUGCUGCAAGAGUCUCGGUGCUUCAGCGACGCGCCCAUCGACGCGCCCAAGUGCUUAAACCUGCUGACGCGGAUCAUCUAUCUCAUCCAGCAAGGAGAGAAGUUCACCGCACAGGCUCAGUGUACGAGGCUCAGACGGAUGGUCUACUUGGUCAUCAAGGAGUUAGAGCCUUCUGAUCAGGAGGCCGGGGUGCGAGGCAAGAACGACUGCUUCCGGGCGAACUCCAUCCGAGUGCUCAGCCGAGUCCUGGACCCGGCUAUGGCUGCGCAGAUCGACAGAUAUCUGAAGACCGCCAUCGUUGACAAGAAUCCCUUUGUCUCCUCCUCAGCGUUGGUCUGUGGCAUGACCCUGCAUGCCACGGUACCAGACGUGGUGAAGCGGUGGGUGAACGAGAUUCAGGACGUUCCGGAGACGGUGAAUUCCGAACACAGCAUGGUGCAGUUUCAUGCUUUGGCCCUGCUCUACGAGCUGAAGAAAGGACAAGCAAGCUUGGUGUUUGUGUUGGUUGGUUCAAGUGCUUUAAGACAGGCAAGGUGUGCCCAGACUCUUUGGGCGACGCAGAACUUUGCUUUCAGCGGCGCAGAACACAUGGCUCGUGUGGGAAGCAAGCUUGCCAAGGGCGCCCGGAAAUUCUUGUGGCCUUCCCCGACCUCCGAGCAGCGGUUGAUUGAGUACGCAAAGCACAAGAUGCAGUACAACUUUGGCACUCGCGAUGCAGAGGUGCUGACCAAGAUGCAGAUGGUGGGCAUGAACGAGUUCAGAGGUGUGACACAGAUGUGUGUGCCGACACACAUGGUGAGGGAGAAAGUCCAGGAAGCACUCGUCACGAAAGGGGUACCACCAACAGUGGCUCGUUCCAUCGCAAUUCAGCUUCAGGAUGCCCACAUGCUCAAUGGACAGUUUGAGAAGUUUCAAGUGGAACCUUCAGGCAGUGCGCACUUCUACAGAGUAAUUGCGCGGAUGCAAAGUGAUGAAGGAGUUAGUGACAUUGCAUUGGCUGCAGCCGGGGCGUCCUUGCGGCCAAAGAGGCGACCGCCUGGCGCUGCACAAGGAUAUGCCACGCAGACCUUGAUGUCGGAACGGGAUGCCCAAGUGGAGAAGACCUUGAUGUCCUACCUGGAUAGUUGCCUGCGGCAUAAGAGCGAAAUGGUGACCUAUGAGGCGGCGCGCGCCUUCUGCCAGUUGGCGGCGGUGGACACGGACGGUGCCAGCGGGCACACCGUCUUAGGCUACGACAUGACGCAUGCGACCACCAUCCUGCAGAUCUUCUUAACCUCCCCCAAGCCCGUGGUGCGCUUCGGCGCGAUCCGCACGCUGAACAUGCUCCCCGGCGGCGAGGCUGGCACAGACCCGGCCGCAGACAGCUUCCAGGCAGGCGCCACGCGGACGUCACGUCUCCGCGGGUUGGCUUUGGCCUUUCCGGAACGGUGCAACUGCGACAUGGAACCCUUGCUCUCGGACCAGAACCGCAACACUGCCACCUUGGCACUCACCACGCUGCUGAAGACCGGUCCGGGAGCGCCAGGGAGUGAAGCUGCGAAGCUCGGGGACGAGCAGAGAUCGGAGCAGAUCGGAGCACCGAUCGGCCAUGAGUCGAAUGUGGAGAGAUUGGUGAAGCAGAUCUCUUCCUUCAUGUCAGACAUCACGGAGGUCUUCAAGGUGGAGGUGGUGCGAGCGGUGAAGGGCCUUUGCUUGCUCUAUCCCGGGAAGUACAAGGUACUGAUGUCCUUCCUCUCCUCGAACCUCCGGGAAGAUGGCACCGCAGAGAUCAAGAAGGACCUCGUCGAUGCGCUCAUCCUCAUUAUCUCGCAGGUGCCGGCAGCGCGGGAGGUCGGCUUGUUGCACCUCUGCGAGUUCAUCGAGGACUGUGAAUAUCCCAACCUUUGCACUCGCAUCUUGGGUUUUCUGGGUGAAGAGGUGCCAAGCACUUCGCAUCCCGCCAAGUACAUCCGCUUCAUAUACAACCGGCUGAUUUUGGAGAAUGCCUUGGUGAGGGCUGCGGCGGUGGACGCCUUGUCGAAGAUCGCCAUGAAGUGCGCCAACCUGCGGAAAGAUGUGCUGAUCCUCCUGCAGUGUCCUGACGCGUCCGGUCGAUGUCGACACGGUCGUUUUCGGCACGGUGCUCCAGCAGUGCGUCGAUGA